UUUGCUUUCACAUAAUAAGGGUCAUGCACAUGUUCAGCAUAUUUCAAAUACCACAACAAUAUAUCCUUAAGAGAUGGACAAGACUUGCAAAGUCAGCAGUAUGGGAGAAUGUUCAAGACAAGGACCAAAGCCAAAAUGCACUGUUGUGGACACCAUGGAGACAUGCAAUAACCAAGAAUUUCUACAACCUAGUGUCAAUAUGUCAAUCAAAUGAGGAUGCAAGAACAUUAUGUGACAAGUCGUUGAAGGAAUUAUACAAAUCAGUGAAAGAAGUUUUCAAGACCGAUCAACAAAAACAACAAGAAAUCGAAGAUGAAGAACUACGAAGACAAACAGUUGAAAAUCCUGAGGUGAUAAAGACAAAAGGAAGACCCCAAAGGGAAACAAGAGAGUAAAAGGACAUUUUGAGAAGCGUAAAAUGAAGACAAGGCAUCCGAACGAAUAUGGAACAAAAACCCCAAAUGUACCUCAAGUUGAAUAGUGUUCAAAUAAUAUUAGUUUUCAAUUGUAUUCCAGUCAGUAAUUGUAUUGAAAUUUACACUUGUUUAUUUCUAAAAU